AUGCUAAAAGGUUAUAUACCUCCUCUGAUGUUUGUCGAUUCUGAGAUGCUCCGAGCAAUACAUCUAAUUUCUGAACUUCCAAAACACCAAAACACCAACCCUCCAAACCGCGUGUCAUCAGCCAUAUGCCAACUGGAACUAAACCAUCUCCACGAGGACCAAGAUAUUGUUCCACCCAGUCCAGCAGAUGCAUUUACUCGAGCUCAUCGUUCUAUCUCUCCCAAGAAUGCUCAACUCCAUCCUUAUUAUUCGUCACUUCUUCCCGCCUCAGUACCGGUAACUUCAUCUUCAUCCCCAGAUAUGCAAAGUGGACUUCGACCCACUUUAUGGGGUUCUGCAAUCGAAUCCCUUGACGUGUAUAUUUACAAUCAUUCCAAGCUGAUGCAUCAUUCCCAAGGAUGUCCUCUAUACUUAAAGGCUUUCCAGUAG